UCAUCGGGCUCUGCGGGGAAACGAGAUGAUCAGCCCUAGCGCUGCAGCAAAAUGCUGGAUGGACACCUCCUUCUGGGAUGGCUCUCCUCCUGCGCGCUCCUAGUGCUGCUUGGCGGCGCCCCGGGACCCUCCGCCGCCUACUUCGGGCUGACUGGGAAUGAACCUCUGACCAUCCUCCCUCUGACUUCAGAAAUGGAGGAAGCUGCCGUCAAGGCCCAUUACAAAGUGUGCGACCGCCUGAAGCUGGAGAAGAAGCAGCGCAGGAUGUGCAGGCGGGAUCCAGGGGUGGCAGAGACCCUCGUGGAGGCCAUCAGCAUGAGCGCCCUGGAGUGCCAGUACCAGUUCCGCUUCGAACGGUGGAACUGCACCCUUGAGGGGCGCUACAGAGCCAGUCUGCUGAAGAGAGGUUUUAAGGAAACAGCCUUCCUUUAUGCUAUUUCCUCAGCCGGGCUCACCCACGCCAUGGCCAAGGCCUGCAGUGCUGGGCGCAUGGAGCGCUGCACCUGCGAUGAGGCCCCCGAUCUGGAAAACCGAGAGGCCUGGCAGUGGGGCGGUUGUGGUGACAACCUCAAGUACAGCAACAAGUUUGUCAAGGAGUUCCUAGGGAAGAAAUCCAACAAGGACCUGCGAGCCAGGGUGGACUUUCACAACAACCUUGUGGGCAUGAAGGUUAUCAAAGCUGGCGUGGAGACUACUUGUAAGUGCCAUGGUGUGUCCGGAUCCUGCACUGUCCGAACUUGUUGGCGGCAGCUCUCUCCGUUCCAUGAGAUCGGCAAGCAGCUGAAGCAGAAAUAUGAGACAUCCCUUAAAGUGGGCAGCACCACCAACGAGGCCACGGGGGAAGGGGACAUCUCGCCACCCAAGAAAUCCACCCCUGGUCACAGCGAUCAAAUCCCAAGGACUACAGAUCUCGUCUAUAUUGACGAUUCCCCCAGUUUCUGUCUGAUGAGCAGGUAUUCACCUGGGACUUCAGGAAGGAAAUGUUACAAGGACAAGAACUGUGAGAGCAUUUGCUGUGGCCGAGGUCACAACACACAGAGCAGGGUGGUCACGCGGCCGUGCCAGUGCCAGGUUCGCUGGUGCUGCUACGUAGAGUGCAAGCAGUGUACUCAAAGAGAAGAAGUUUAUACCUGCAAAGACUAAUGCAUGCUCUGCCUAAUGGAUAUCCUCUGUGGUGGGAGAUUAUGAUCUAUGAGAACUACACAUGGAGACAAACAGGGUUUGACUGAAGUUCUAGGAUCUGAAAGCUAUGUUGAGACAUAAGCACUUUGUAGGGUACAGGUGACCCAGCUGUGUUGCUGUUUUUUGUUUUUUGGCUUUUUCUGUAGACUGAAUUUUAACCAUGAGGUCCAACCAUGUGGAAAUAAGCGCCUGUCAUAUUGGGGUUAGGUACCAGUAGACCCUCACCAAAGCUGUCCAUGAACCCAUCAGCUUGAUCACUCACUUAUCUUGAGGUUUUGAUUAUUUCACCAGUCCUCCACAAAACUCCUGGACAUCUACCUGACUGUUCAGACAGCCAAGCAAAUGAACGAGAGAAACUGACUUAGGAUCUUUUUGCCUUGAAACAUUGUGGUCAAGGUAGUAGUGCCUUUCUAAAGAUAGGGGGUGGGCUGGGUGUGGGUAAAGCAUAGAGAGUACCAAUUGUUUCUCUAGUGGAAUUUUUGCAGAUCUAGCAUACAAAGCUCAGACCCACUUUUGAGGGUAGAUCUUUAUCAAUCUUAACUCUGGCUCCAUAUCAGUGUGUUUUGGUGGUUUUUUUUUUUUUUUUUUGAUCAGUGAACAUAGCUUCAGAAAUGUUGGGGUCCCUCCAGCUCGCCAUGUUGCAGACAACAAAAAGUUUGGGAAGAAUUCUAUGACACACCCACCCUCUUCAGCCUGAUCAGACACUAGUCCUCUUCACAUGUUCUUCAGAUGCAGGUUCUUUAGCACUAUAACUGUCUUAAUUGAAAAAAUAAAACCACUAGAAGACCUUUCACUUUUCAUUUUGUAUAGGGUUAAUUUCUCUUUCACUGCUUGUUGAUUAGACUCGCCCUGUGGCAGCUGCUUCAAAAUCCCAAAUGAGGACUCUUCAGCCUUUAUCUAGGCUGAAUUGGAACUUUUUUUUUGAUAGUCGGCUUAUGACCAUAUCAAUUCCGUUGCAUCUCAGAAGGCAAGGCUGACUUGAUGCUCGCAUUGUAUAGCAGCCAUUCUGGACUGGAUUGGACCUUUUGGAGAAGAUUUUAUUUUACUAGUCAGCAUUCCAUUUAUUCUAGAACAUGGCACAAGCUAUAUGUAAGACCCCAUGACUUUAAGCUUUUUUUUAACCACUAGAUUGAGAACCAUAUUUUUAAAGGUAACAAACCAUGGGAUUCCAAAUGCCUAGUGAACAUAUGGUUCUACCCAAUGGUGGACAAAGAAACAAAAGCCAAAUGCAAUGGCAGAGAGCUCCAAUGCUGUGAACUAGAUGACAACCAUCUUUUUUUUUUUUUUUUUUUUUUUUUUUUUAAAGAGGAUAUUUACAACCUAGUACUUGAUGUGGCAAUGUUCUUCAGUCAUAUAACACUGCUGGGAUCAGAAGUGGCUGGUAAAUGCCUUAACGAAGCUUUCUAAGGAAACACUGGAGAGUGGAAGGCAUUUUUUUGUUUGUUUUUUUUGGUAGCAGUCUUUGAUUGUCUAGUAGUAGUGAUUGUCACUAGUUUUAUAACCCAUAUCUAGUUUUCAAGGGAGGAAGGCUGACUGGCUAAAUUUUUUUUUCUCUUGGCUUUCAAGGAAAAGUAGAUGGUUGUGUAACAAGAGCCAUAUGACCUUCCAAGAGGGACUAUCAUUGGAGCGUCUUCUCAAAUAGUAGCCACUAAUAUUUAAGCUGUUCAUGUGCAUCUACUGGGAGGGGAUCUUUUCCUAAUCAACAGAUAACUACAGUCCAGCCUGGCCUGUUGGCAUACUUUUCUUCUGGGUGGGUGAGCGGUGGGGUGGGGAACAGUGCAGGAGGGAAGGUGGGGUUUUUUUUUUUUUUUUCCCCUUUUAAAAGUAGCUUUACGAUCCUGCAAAGCGAAAUAUACUAGCUUUUUUUUUUUUUUUUUUUGUAUACUUCUGGAGACUGGAUGCAAUGGGUAGGGUGGUGGGUAGUUCUGGGGCACCACCUGUCCUUUCUGGUGACUCUGUAUGGCAAAUGCACAUCGACUCAUUGAAUGCGAGGUAUAAGGAGGAUUCCGUGACUUCUGCCAGAUGUGCCAGUUUGAAAGUCGCACACAAGCAGUUUACCUGGUGGUUUGUUUUUUUUUUUAAAUAGACUGAACAGAAACAUAUUAGUCAGUGUGGAUAUAUAUGCAUAAUUAUAUAUAUAUAUAUAUAAAUAUUGAACGAACAUUUUAUUUAUUGUAAAGCCUUUCAGAAGGACCUUGUGGUUUCAAUGUGGUAUUAUGUCCAAUCUCUCUCUGACACAAACUCAUUGCAGUAAUAUUUCCAUAUCACCUUUUUUCCCCAAAAGAGGCUUAAACCCAGAUCCAAACAUACCCCAAACCUGAGGAAUUUUAGAUCUCAGCGGCUGGGUCCAGACCCCUCUCUACUCUCAGCAGGACAAUUACAUGCUGGAUUUCAUUUAGUUUUUUGUAACUAUGGGUCCUGAUUCUCUUCCCCAACCCUUUUAACCUGUGUAUCCGUAUGCAUUGACCUGUCGGGGUAACGCCACACUUUUGUCAAUGCCAGAGAACAAUGAAGCCCUAUAUAUGCAUGGAGAGGGUGUGGCAUUGACACUGAGUUUGGGGGUUGUGGAUGGGACACAUCAAAUAGGGUAGCUUGCACAUGGUGUAUAUUUCCAAGCAAUGUGUUUGACAAUGGAGAAAGAGGCUGGGGCAAUAAGGCAAACUAAACGAUCACAGAGAGGUAAAAGGCAGAGUGAAUGAACUACUGAGUGAAAGAGCUCUUCUGUGUAUUAUAAUUCACGCACUGAAGCCUGGAUGCUUUCUGUAAGUAUUUAAAAACAAAUUGUAUUUAUGUUAAUUUGGAUAUAUUACUUUCCUGUUAUAUAUUGUAAAUAGUAAGGUUUAUUCUCCUGUGGUUAAGCAAAAUUAUAAAUAACUAAAAUAGUAGCGAGGCACAUGCAUUAAAUGUAUAGGCAGUGUAUAAAAUAUACUAACACCCUGAAAUCAGAAUUUGCCUUUUUGACCUAAGGAGGUAUAACAUACACACUUGGUUUUUGUUUUUUAAAUCCCAGGGUUUUCCAAUGUUUGCCUUAUUUUUGGAAAAUGGAUUGGGGGGAAAAUUGGGUCUCUCCCUUAUGGGAAGGUCCUAUAGAACUUAAGAUGGAUCCAGUAGUGUCUUUACAGAAAUGCCUCUGAACUCUAAAGAGAAUUUUAAUAGUUCCCUAACUCUUCUCUGUAGGUUUUUUAAAAUGAUCUUAUGGAACUUACCAGAGAAUUUAUAUCCCUGCUGGUAGCUCAAUAAACCCUGUAUAAGACCUAAAGAUAAGCAUCUGGAGGUUGUUCUAAAAACAUCUAUUGGUUUCAUCCGUAUUAAGUUCUACUUUUCCAUAAGGGCUGGUUUUGCUGUCACUUAUGCCAGUGUAACUCCAUUGCAAUUACUCAUUAUAUAAAGCUGGUAUGAGAGUGGAAUUGGAUCCUGUCUCUGUCAUGGUGCCAUUUUACAAGGAAAGCAAAGCUUAAGCUUUUUUUCUUUCUAAAAUUGACUCUUGCAGGAGAUAUAACUGGAGAGGGAUAGCAGGGUGUGUAUGGGGAGCUUUCUGCUGUCCCCUCCCCCUCCCAGUGUUUACGGGCUGGUUCUCCUUAUCUGAUCCAGCAAGACUUGGAAGGUAGUGGGAGGGUGCAACCAUUAUUUAUAUAAUUUUAUUGUAAUAAAGAAGUUAGCAGAUGGAAAAAUAUUUUUUGAGCAGUACGUUUAGCGAUGUCAGAAAUAUAAAAAUAUUUUUUGUAAACCAGGCAAGCUAAAACAUUCGUUUUAUAUUUAGAUUUUUCUAUUAAAAAUAAUAAAUCCCACACGAAUAAUUGUUGCACCCAUCAUCUCUUUAACAAGCUUCUGAACUCUGCAGCUGACUUCCAUAUAUUGGAUGUGAAGAAGUGCAAAACCAAUCCUAAAUGUUACAGUACUAUUCUCUUCCAACUUCAGAGGCCUUACCUUGGCAAACUGAGUAGUAUUUACCUUAAGGUGACUAUCAUGUUUGUCCAUCUGUUCCUUCCCUCAAACUGAAAUAAGAAUUUCUGAUCAGAGGUGGAGGGAAGCAGAAGUUUACAGUAAAGAUGCCCAUACCUAAAAUUUGUCAACUGAACUUCUAAGAUCUGCUCUGUGUUGGGUGGAAUAUAAUGAAUCCAGGGCCAAUACCACUGUCCCUGAAAUAAAUGAGGCUUUUGCCAAUGAUUUUUUUCAGUUGAAGCUGCAGAGGUAGCUAUUGGGAAAGCCAUGGGGAGUGAGAGGGGAGGAAUGAACACAUGGAAGGCUUUAAACAUGCAGGACCCAAUUCUGGCCUUCAUCAUACACAGCUCUCGCUGACUUCAGUUCAAUAGUUGCUGCAUGCGAAUGUGAGGCUGGAAUUGUCCACUGCAGCUAAGGAUGCGUGGCAGGCCUCCUUGGAGGUAAAGGAUAGAGUUGGGGACCUGUUGUCAAAAGCCAUGACUUGCUGUAGCUGGCUACUUUGGAAAGGAACGUGAAGGGGAUGAGGGAGACUUAACACCUGUCAUGUCCUCAGCCGGCCAUCUACACUCCUUCCUGUAAGGAAAUACCAGGAGGGUGGGGGCCUGCAAACUUGCUCUUUCAUUUGCUCCACUUUUGCCAUGGGCAUUUGCCAUUUCUCCACCUUUUUUUUUGCCAAGUAUCAGAGUACAAGCUUGAUGAGGGAAAACAUUUCUAAAGGGUCACUGCUUGGAAGGGAGCAUUUAAAGGAGAACGGUAAUUUGCAAACACUAUUAAUGCUCGUGAAAUACUCCCAGGAGAGUUGAGGCCUUUCUGUAGCCCACAGAACAGCUGCAGCCGGGCAAUGCUAUUGCUAGCUUCUUUCCCUGCCUGUUCAUCUCCAGCAGCUACAUAGUUAAUACAGAAAAUCUCUAGUCUCCUUCACCUGUUCAGUCCUUGGGUUAUGCAUUGUGGGUGGCUUUGUAAAAUGGGCUUCACCUGUGAGGUGCUGAGUGCCUUCCUCUCCUAUUGAUGUCUGUGUGAGGUGGAAGAUGCUCAGCGCCUUGCAGGAUCGAGCUUGUAGACAUCUGUCUGUGAGGACCUGGGCUGAGACAGUAAUUUGCUUCCCUGCAAGUUACCAGAUUGCUGAAUUGGUGACUAGAUUUAGAGUGCAAUGUGGGGCUAGAAUUGGACCAGCCCCCCUAGAGGGAAAACGGGUUCAUAAUACAGAACACUUGAACCUCCAGUCACUUCUCAGCCUAAUGCUAAAGGUUAAAGCAGAAAGAGUAUCUUUGAUGGGAAGUUCUAUAGCUCCAAAGCUUGUAGGAAAGAGUAGAACAGAAAUGCAGACAGCACCUUCACUUGGGUGCUAUUUUAUGCUAGCUCUUACUUUAAAGGGAUCAUUCUAAGUGGAAAACCGAAGUUUAAUGAAAUACAUGGAAAUGCAAUUCAAUUGGAUCCCCUCACAUCCUUUGUAUUCAAAUGCACACGGCUCAAUGUUUUCUGAGAGCCAAGCUUUGAAAAGUCACUUUCUUACCACAACCCGCCCUCCCAUUGCGCAUGCUGUAUUUGUAGGGGUUAUGCUGGGCUGGCCUCCAUUCAAUAACGAGUGUAGAAGCACUUAGUCUCUAAGGAGUUGGAGAAAUGCACUUAACACAAUUUGCAAAGAGGUAUGAACAGGAAGCUGGGUUGCCUGUUAUCCCAGCCUUGCCAGUUUUUUUUUUUUUUUUUUAAAUGAACCCAACCCAAACUAGCCUUUUCAUACUCUGCACGUGACCCUCCCUUUCCAUUUUGCUACAGUUCCCUGUGAGGUCUGAAUGUGGAGUCUAGGAUUUGUUUUGUGCACUUGAGAAUAGCAUUUCCUUUUGCAGUGGAGAUGGGGGACUGAACACUAACAUAUGAAGGAUUAGUAUUUUCUUUGGGGUUUUUAAUGUCUUAUGGGAGCCUAAGUUAUUUUUCUCUACCUCAUAUGUACAGCUUGUAGGUAUAAAUCUGAUUCUGAGUGACUGUUGAGAAUGUAUUUAAGUUAUUUAACAUCUUUGUAUAACAAAAGCCAGAACAAAUGAAACAAUAAAUGUAUUUUAAAUUA